AAUAUGCGCGUAAAGAAAGAAGAAAGAAAAUUAGAAAUUGAACCCCCGCCGUAACCCAAUGUAUAAAAGCAUUGAGGGUUUAAGAAAUAUCGAACCACGAAUCAAACUCUCUCUCUCACACACAGAUACGCACACACUAGGGUUUUAAUGAGAGAGAAGGAUCGGUGAUACAUACGAAGUAGAUGUAUGUAGUAGUCGAGUAUUGCAGUUCCGGCAUUCUCUACCUGCGAUAAUGGCUUUCUGGGGUAUAGAGGUAAAACCCGGAGAGCCAAUCACUCAUUUCUGUGAAAAAGCUAGGGGAAGGCUUCGAAUUCAACUGGCAACUCUUGGAAUUAGUGGAGCUGCAAAGAAAACUACUGUCCAGUGUAAUGUGGGAAACGGAAAUCCGAUCUUACUGUGUUCAUUGCUGCCCAGCAAAAUAGAGACACUUCAUGUAGGUUUGGAGUUUGAGGAGUCAGAUGAUGUGGUUUUCUCUGUUAUUGGCCCCCGAAGUGUCUUCCUCAGUGGUUAUUAUGUCCUUCAGAGUCAACAGUCAAAUGUGCAGAGUGAUGCCAAAGAAUCGUUUGGUGUGGAUAUUGAAAACUCUCAUGCAGAGGCAUCUACUUACAAUAGUGAUGAUAAACAUGAGGACAGUUUUAUUGAUAACGAUGGGGUUAAAGUUUCUCCAAGUUCUCCUGGCAAAGGAUUAGAUGAGCCUACAGUGGAAUUUGAUAAGCCGAAGGGUAGAAAGGGUCGUGGUAAACAACUUAAGAAGAAAUCCCCUGUUAUUGAGUCAAAUAAGGAUGCUAAAUCACAUGAAAGUCAAGAUGAAGAUGAAGCUGCCAACACUUUAUCUUCGUUGAAGAGUAAAGGAGCUGCCAAGACAACCAUAUCUGAUGCUAAAGAAAUAAUUGCUGAGAUAAUUGUAGAAAUGGGGGAUGAGGCGAAAGAUAAUGGUGUAUGUGGUACUGAAUCAAAGCAGAAGGUUGAUCCUUUAGAUAUCAACGACAAUCUAGAAAGAGAGACAAAUCUACCAUUGGAUAAAGAAGGGGUUGAGAUCAAGAAUGAUAUUCCCGAGGAAGUGGAGACUCUUGAGGAAAAUAUUGUUUCAAAUGAAAAGGUUUUAACUGGCGACAUGACUAUUGAAGACAAGGUAACGGAUACCAUCAUAAACCAGAAUCCGCUUACGAGCAACGGGGAAGAUCAGAAGCAACCCCCUGAUCUGUGUGGGAUCUGUGCAAAACCAAAAAAGAAAAGAAAACGACCAUCAGUGAGGCAGGACAAGACCUGUGAAGUUCAGACAGGUAACGAGGAUAAAGAGCAUGAAGUUGAGGCCUCCACUGACGUGGAAAUUGGUGCAAAUUCUUUGGCGACUCCUCCAGAAUUGGACUCUGUGGAUGCUAAAAAAUCGAGGAAGAAAAGGAAUGUACUCCGAUCGGAAGGAACAUAUACAGAAGGGCUUGACGAGAAACGUCACGAUAUUACUGAAGAGGAUAAAGACGACCAAGGAUUGGUGCAAAAUGGUGACAGUGUGGUAAAAGAUGUUCCAGUUGCAAAUGGUGAAUCUGAGGAACAGCAGAGAUUAGAAGAAACCUCUGCAGAAGGGAUUGGUGGAAAAAGUCCUGAUAUUACUAAAGAGGAUAAACUUGACCAAGAUAUUCUACAGGCUGACAACGUUAUGAAGGAUCAGACAGUAGCAAAUGGAGAAUACCAGGAACAACUGAUUGAUAACAAUGCCGCCACAAAUAAAUCUGAGAAGAAGACUAAGAAAAAGAGGAAGAAAGCUCAUAGCCAGAAGGACUCGAACACAAACGUAACUGAUAUGGCAGAUAAUGAAGAGACAACACACGUGAAAAACGAUGAACAGACAUUAAAUGCAGCGUCAAUUCAAAAGAGGACCUUAUCAAAUGGGUUGAUUAUUGAAGAGUUGGCAAGCGGACCGCCUAAUGGGAAAGUAGCUGCACCUGGUAAAAAGAUCAAAUUUCAUUACACUGGCAUGCUGAAGGAGAGUGGGCUUGUUUUUGACUCAAAUGUUGGUAAAACGGCCUUCAAGUUUCGAUUAGGUGAUGAAGAAUUUAUUGAUGGAUGGAAUGUUGGCAUCGAAGGUAUGCGUGUCGGUGACAAGAGGAGGCUGAUAAUCCCACCUUCUAUGGGUUUUGGAGAUCAUGCAAUAGGAGAAAAUAUUCCGCCUAACUCGUGGCUUGUUUAUGAUGUUGAGUUGGUUAGUGUCCGAAAAUAACUGCUUCUAGUUUUGUCUGACUUUGUUUUUUCCUCUUUUCUUCCAACUUUUGCUUGUCCUGGAAGAAACGAGGGUUGAAGGGAAGAAGAUUCGUGUGAAAUGGGGUCUGAAGCUUUAUGGUCCAGCUGAAAAAAUAGAGGCAGAUUUUUUUUUAUUGGGGGGCGGUGUUGGGGCGGGGGGGUUUGUUUAAAGAUUUCAAUGGUGCAAGUAUAUAUGGAACUUGGAUACUGGUAAAAUGCUAUCAAUGUCUCUGUAAGAAGGUUCGUGCGAAUCCAAUGGAUUGACACGGUGCAUUUCUGUUGGCCUACUGAUGUGGCAAAAAUCUCCAUUAGGCAGGCAAAAUCACUGGACUUGAAAGUAUAUCUGUUGGCCGUUUUGAUAAAUGUUGAAUAUGUUGAAGCAACUUUUAUCUGAAUAUAUUCAUGGCUUUGCAUCAUAAUUAGAUCUCAGCUCAUCAAAUAUGGAA